AUGGCGAUUGAUCCUCAGGAAGUUCAUCCUGAUGAUGUCCCUACCAUUGCUCUUGGAGGGUCAGGAGGUGGACUGCGUGCAAUGAUCACCGUGCUUGGGUUUUGCAAUGAGUCCAAGAAGGCGAAACUAUGGGAUACGUUCACGUAUGUAGCCGGAACCUCUGGGUCAUGUUGGUCACUUGCAGCAUACUAUACAUUCGGUGAAGCAAGCAUGAGUAAGGUUAUUGAACAUUGCAAACAUCGCCUUCACCCGCACCAUCCGUUCUCGUAUCAUGCCAUUCGGGAAUUACUCACCAAAGGAGCGUAUGCAACUCUUGGCCCAUUGAUUCAAAAAAGAAAAAGUGGCUUGAAUACUGUGGCUAUGGAUUUCUACUCGGUACUCACAACUGGUUAUCUUUUUUUGCAUAAAGACCCUGCGCUGACACCUGGCGGACCGGGUCUUGAUACAAAGAAAGAAGUCGCUGGGUACCACUCUGAGUGGUUCAAGUGGUCAAAUGCUUUGUUGCAGGACGGAAAGCAACCAUUACCAAUUCUCACAGCUGUGAGACAUGAGAGACCAUGGAUAACCUCAGGUGUGAUGCAAGACUCAUGGUUUCAGUGGUUUGAAAUGACGCCUUUUGAGGUUGGAUGUGACGAGCUCCAAGCUUGGGUCCCAACUUGGGGAUUCGGCAGACCAUUCUACGGUGGGAAAUCUCAAACACAGCUCCCCGAACAGUCAUUAGCUUUGCUGCUUGGGUUAUGCACUAGCGCACCCGCCGCACACUUGAAGUCGUAUGUCGACGUCAUCGAGCGCAAUUUGUCUUCAGGCUUCUUUGGCAAUUUAAUACGCGCAAUAGCGCGACGCGUGACUACGUUUUGGGGAGAGCAAGGCAUGCGCAUCUUUCAAAUGCAUCACCCAAUUCACGCAUGCAAUGAGCAUAAUUUCCUUUUUCGCCUUAACGCGAAUGACAAAAGUAAAAGCGAAACUGACGCGGAUCUAUCUAUUGCCCAAUUUCCAAGAUUGCAUCUGAUAGAUGCUGGCGUCGACAACAAUUGUCCUACUUAUGUUCUUCUACAUCCAUCUCGCAAAGUCGACGUGAUAAUCACGGUGGACGCUUCGAGCGAUGUCCGCCGCAACUUAUUUCAAACAAACAUAAACCGAAUCGGCAGCCGUCGCAAAUUGCAAUUUUGCAAGCGCAGUUCGCCAAAAAAGGACGGAUCUACAAAUGAAUCUGGUUGUUUAAAAGAUAUGUAUGCCCAAAUCUAUGAUGGAACAAUAAUGGAGCACCGCCCAGAAACGGUAGUCGACUUAUAUGGGAAUGUGAUCGUAAAUCCUCCUGCACCACCGUCAAAGAAAGAUUGCACUAUGAUUUACGUUCCGCUUCUCCCCAAUGAGAAUGCUGUCAAAGGCUUCGACCCUUUGACGGCUAAGUUUGCCAGAUCCUUCAACCUUAUAUGGACACCGGAACAGGUCGAGUCUCUCACCCAAGUUGCUGCUGCAAACUUUCGAGAAGGGGAAGAGACGAUUAAGGCUGUGCUUCUCGAGACAUGGUUGAAGAAAAAAGCAAUGCGAGAGUCUAGAGGAGAUAGUCUGAGUACUACACAGAAAAUUAAUGAAGCAGUGCGUUAGUGAGCAUAGUUGAUUUUAGCGCACCACGUAGUAUACGUGUAUGUUAUGGCACUCAGCUAUAUCAGGUAGUUGUCUUGGAAAAGCCUGCUUUUUUAGCCAUCCUCAUGCUCAGAGAGUGGCUGCAUGAUAC